AUGCCUGUUUUUCUAAGUAAUCUCCAACUUUCUCUCAAUAACUUCUCCUUCUCUUUACUAUUAUUCACAACAAUAAGCUUUUCUUUUCUCUUCUCUUUUUGCCAUUCCAUUGAUGAACAAGGCCAAGCUCUUCUAUCAUGGAAAAACAGCUUAAACAUCUCGACUACAGAUUCUUUAAGCUCAUGGAAUCCUGCAGAUUCCAAUCCAUGCAAAAACUGGCUCGGCGUCCGCUGCGAUUCGAAUGGCCAAGUGGUGGAGAUAAGCUUGAAAUCAUUGGACUUGCAAGGAUCAUUGCCUUCAAAUUUUCAGCCCCUCAAGAACUUGAAGACACUUAUCUUAUCCUCAACCAAUCUAACUGGCACAAUCCCGAAAGAGUUCGGGGAAUACCACGAGCUAACUUUCCUCGAUGUAAGCGACAACUUCGUCACCGGUGAAAUCCCCGCGGAGCUAUGCAGGCUGAGCAGGCUGCAGACUUUGUCUCUCAAUACCAAUUUUCUUGAAGGAGAUGUCCCUGCAGACAUUGGAAACCUCUCGAGCCUCGUGUACUUGACGCUCUACGACAACCGAUUGAGCGGUGAGAUUCCGAGGAGUAUUGGGGCAUUGAGCAAGCUAGAGGUGUUUAGAGCAGGAGGGAAUAAAGGACUCAGAGGUGAACUGCCAUGGGAGAUUGGAAACUGCACCAACUUGGUCAUGUUAGGCGUUGCGGAAACCAGCAUUUCCGGAAGCUUGCCUUCCUCCAUUGGAAUGCUGAGGAAAGUCCAAACAAUAGCUCUCUACACUUCUCUUCUCUCGGGUCCUAUCCCGGAAGAGAUUGGAAACUGCAGUGAGCUGCAGAAUCUAUAUUUAUACCAGAAUUCAAUUUCUGGUUCAAUCCCAAGAGGGAUUGGGAAACUCAAAAACCUUCAAAGCCUACUUCUAUGGCAGAACAGCCUAGUUGGGGCAAUCCCAGACGAGAUAGGAGGCUGCAGCAAGCUCAAAGUGAUGGAUUUCUCCGAAAAUCUCCUCAGAGGAAGCAUACCAACAAGUUUUGGUCAGCUGUCCAAGCUUGAGGAGCUUCAGCUGAGUGUCAACCAGUUUUCGGGUUCCAUACCAUCAGAAAUCUCAAACUGCACGGCUCUAACUCACUUUGAAGUUGACAACAACGACCUCUCCGGUGGGAUUCCUGUGCGAAUCGGGGACUUGAAGAGCUUGAUUCUAUUCUUUGCCUGGAAAAACAGGCUGACAGGCAACAUUCCUGAGAGCUUAGCUGAAUGUGUGGAACUUGAGGCUCUUGAUCUGUCAUACAACAAUCUGUUCGGUCCAAUACCGAAACAGGUUUUCAGGUUGAGGAAUUUGACAAAGCUUCUUUUGCUGGCCAAUGAUUUGUCAGGCUUCAUACCUCCUGAUAUUGGAAACUGCACUAGUCUUUACAGGUUGAGACUGAAUCAGAACAGGCUUGGUGGUACUAUUCCAUCGGAAAUUGGAAACUUGAAGGGCUUGAAUUUCGUCGAUUUGAGCAGCAACCGUCUUGUUGGCGCAACCCCACCAUCAAUAUCCGGUUGCCAAAGCCUGGAGUUUCUUGAUCUCCAUUCAAAUGGUCUCACUGGUCCUGUCCCCAAUUCUCUCCCCAGAAGCCUUCAGUUUUUGGACAUGUCAAACAAUAGGCUCACAGGUCAACUCACUCACACAAUUGGGUCAUUAACAGAAUUGAUGAAGCUCAAUAUGGGGAACAACCAGCUCUCAGGGACCAUCCCAUCUGAGAUCCUCUCCUGCACCAAGCUGCAAAUGCUCGACCUCGGAAGCAACGCCUUCUCGGGCGAAAUCCCCAAGGAAUUAGGCCAAAUUCCAUCACUUGAGAUCUCACUGAACUUGAGCUACAACCAACUUUCUGGCCAUAUCCCACCACAAUUCUCCAAUCUUGACAAGCUUGGAAUCCUUGACCUCUCACACAACAACCUCUCAGGAGACUUAAACUCCCUCACAAACCUCGAAAACCUUGUCUCUCUCAAUGUCUCAUUCAAUGACUUCUCAGGUGAACUGCCAAACACUCCGUUCUUCCACCGCCUCCCCCUCAGCGACCUCACCUCCAACAAAGGCCUCUACAUCUCCGGAUCAGGCAUCGUGACACCCGUGGGCGAGCGCCACAAGUCAGCAGCCACGAAACUCCUUAUGUCAAUCCUCAUAAGUGCCAGUGCAGUCCUGAUCCUGCUAGCAAUCUAUGUACUUGUCCGCACCCGAAUGGCUACUAAAGCUCUCCUGGAAGAGGAUGGCAGCUGGGAAAUGACUUUCUAUCAGAAGCACGAUUUCUCGAUCGACGACAUAAUCAGGAACCUGACAUCUGCCAAUGUCAUUGGCACCGGCAGCUCCGGGGUUGUCUACAAAGUGGCAAUCUCAAAUGGGGAGAAUUUAGCAGUGAAGAAAAUGUGGUCCUCAGAGGAAUCAGGUGCCUUUGCAUCUGAGAUAAGGACACUUGGUUCAAUAAGACACAAGAACAUAAUUAGGCUCUUGGGUUGGGGAUCAAACAGGAAUCUGAAACUUCUUUUCUAUGAUUAUCUCCCCAAUGGGAGCUUGAGUUCUAUGCUUCAUGGUGCGAAUAACGCGAAAGGACUCGGCGGGGUUGAGUGGGAAGCAAGAUAUGAUGUUGUGUUGGGAGUUGCUCAUGCUCUUGCUUAUUUACACCAUGAUUGUGUGCCUGCAAUCAUGCAUGGAGAUGUCAAGGCCAUGAAUGUCUUGUUGGGUCCUCGUAAUGAGCCUUUUCUUGCCGAUUUCGGGUUGGCUAGAGUUGUGAAUUCCAAUGGUAGCGGUGGUGAAGAUCAUGAUUUCUCAAAGCCAAAUCAAAGACCUCAUCUUGCUGGUUCUUAUGGAUACAUGGCUCCUGAACAUGCUUCAAUGCAGAAGAUCACCGAGAAAAGCGAUGUUUACAGCUUCGGAGUUGUUCUUCUAGAGGUGCUAACAGGGAGGCACCCAUUGGACCCCACUUUGCCAGGUGGCGCACACUUGGUCCAAUGGGUCCGUGACCAUUUGGCCAGCAAGAGGGACCCACCUGACAUCCUUGACCCAAAGCUUAGAGGAAGAGCUGACCCAACAAUGCAUGAGAUGCUCCAAACACUGGCCGUGUCCUUCCUUUGUCUAAGCACAAGAGCUGAUGAUCGCCCAACAAUGAAGGACAUUGUGGCAAUGCUCAAGGAGAUUAGGCAAGUUGAUCAACCUCUAAGGCCAGAAGAGUUGGCUGAUGUCUCAAAGAGAGGAUUACAAGCCAUUCCGUCGCCGCCGCCGCCGCUGCCGACGAAUUCGAGGGAGAUGGUUUCACAAGAAUCGUCUAAUUGCUCCUUUGCGUUCUCGGAUGACUCCAUUUCAAAGUUUUUUUAAAAGAAGUAACAUUAAAAGUGUCAUAUAACUUCUUUUACAUUCUGUGUCAUGUCACAGUUUUGUUUUUACAACCACGUACGGUGAUGAAUAUUAGUGUUAAAAAUGAAAAGUAACGGAUCCCAAGAAAGUGGGCGGCUAUAUUACUAUGUAGUUUUGUGCAUAUUACAUUGGAAAAGAAAGUCCAAGUAGGGCAGUGGAGAGAAUGUUGUAGGAGGAAUUUAAGGGUGAAUAUUCCCCUUCUCUUCUUCAAUUAAGAUUGUAAUUUUACUACUAUAUUAUAGA